AUUGGUCAUGGCAGCAGCAGAGGUGGGCGUGGCUUGAGGCCCGCUAAGGCUGCCAAUGGUGCAACAGGAAGUGGGCGGGGCUGCUCACAGAAAGAGCCCCUCCCUUUCUGUUUCUGGGCGUGGCCAGGAAAUCACUUUGACAUUUCUCUCUUUCCUUUGGGGUUUAUUUACCUACCUGGAAGAUCAAGGUGGAUUUUGGGCUUUUUUGGGCUAGACAGUCCAGGAUCAUUGCUAAGGAUCUCUGGCUUUCUGGAUCAUCAUCUCAUUUUACUAUAUUUAUAUUAUCAUUAUUAUUAUUAUUAUUGUAAUAUUAUUAUAAUACUAUUAUUAUGUCAAUGCAGAUAUUCCUGCUGCUCAGGUUGUCCUUGCUCACCUGAUUGCCUUCGGCCUCUAAAGGGCUGGAUGAAAAGGUUGGCCUUCUAAGAGCUGGGGAAGGGAGAAAGCAGGUCUUCUUAGACCUGGACGAGAAAGUAGGCCUUCUAAGAGCCAGGGAAAGGAGAAAGCAGGCCUUCUUAGAAUUGGAUGAGAAAGUAGGCCUUCUAAGAGCUGGGGAAGGGAGAAAGCAGACCUUCUUAGACUUUGAAGAGAAAGUAGGCCUUCUAAAAGCUGGGGAAGGGAAAAAGCAGGCCUUCUUAGACCUGGACGAGAAAGCAGGCCUUCUAAGAGUUGCGGAAAGGAGAAAAUGAUGCACUUCUUCCGGAAAAGGAAGCCCAGCGAUGAAGCCCGCAAGCGCCUGGAGUACCAGAUGUGCCUGGCAAAGGAAGCCGGAGCGGAUGAUAUCCUUGAUAUAUCCAAAUGUGAACUCUCAGAGCUUCCCUAUGGUGCUUUUGCCACCUGUAAAGUCCUGCAGAAGAAGGUGUUGAUCGCUCACACCAAUUCCUUGACGUCGCUCAUCCCCAAAUCCUGCAACCUCUUGAGCCUCAUAACAGUGAAGGUUUUGGAUCUGCAUGACAACCAGAUGACGUCCCUGCCUGCUGAUAUCGGUCAGCUGAAAUCUCUCCAGGUCCUAAAUGUGGAGAAAAACCUCUUAAAGGUGCUUCCGGAUUCUCUUGGGGACCUCGACCAGUUGCAGACCCUUAACUUGAAAGGCAACAGACUCAAGGACUUGCCCACUACCUUGGGAGGCCUACGCAGCCUGCGGACCUUGGACGUCAGCGAAAACCUCGUCCAGGCGUUGCCCCUGGCGAUCGCUCACAUCCGGACAUUGGAGACGCUGACGCUAAAUGCCUCCUCCAUGACCUACCCACCUUGUGAGAUCUGCAGCAUUGGCACGGAGGCCAUUCAGAAGUUUCUGUGUGAAGAAUUAGGAAUUGAAUACAAUCCUCCUUCUCAGUAUUUACUUCCUGUGUUAGAAAGUGAUGGAGGGGAAACAGUGGUGGACAGGGUCAAGAAAUACAUGGAAAAUGAGGCCGAAUGGCAGAACAAAUUCCUGGACUACGAAAAGCGGAAGGAGCAGAAAAUGCAAGAAAAGCUGGAGUUCGAGCGCUGGCUGAACCUGGAACAGCGGGAACAAGCACAGCUUAUGCACCAAAACAAUGCCCAGAAAGAAGAAAUCCUCGAGAGCAUGAAGGAGGACCAAGUACGUCUGGAGGAAGGACUAACCCGACACCAGCAACGCCUGGGAGAGGAGCGCGUGAAGCUACUGGGGCAACUCAAAGAGAUGGAGAAAGGGGUCACGGGUCGCAUCCAGAAGCUGCUGGAAGAGAAUCAAAGGCAAAAGCAGAAUUCGGAGAUCCUGAAAUCCUUAGAGAAUGAUAGAAUCCGGAUGGAGCAGCUGAUGGCUAUCACGCAGGAAGAAGCGGAGCAGUUGCGCAGGAAGGAAGUCGCUGCGGCCAUGCAGCAAAUGCUCUCCGAGACGUACAAAAGCAAGCUGCUCCAGGUGGCGUAUGAGUCGCGGCGGCAAGACCUAGUGAAUCAGACGUAUUCCAGCAUCGCCAAAAUGGACCAGAAAUUCCAGCAGAUCUUGGCCUGGCAACAGCUGGACCAGAGCAAAGCUGUAAGCCAGAUCUUGCAAGAGAGCGAAAUGCAGAAAGCGGCCUUCGAGGCCCUCCAGGUAAAGCGGGACCUCAUGCACUGCCAGAUCCGAAACCAGAUUAAGUUAAUAGAAAGAGAGCUCCUGCAGCUCACCCAGCUGGAGGUAAAGAGGCAGCAGUUGGACACCGAGGCUUUGCAGGAGGUGAUUGCAGAACAACGGCGGGCCCUGACCUACUUGCUGCAGCAGCUGCUGAAAGAGAAAAAGCAGCGCGAAGAGGAACUGCUCGAAAUCUUGAAAGAGUUGGAGUCCAAGAGUGAGACCAAGCAGGAGAACUAUUGGCUGAUUCAGUACCAAAGGUUGCUUGAUCAGAAGCCACUUUCGCUCCGGUUGCAGGAGGAAGGCCUGGAGCAACAGUUGGUCAAGCUGCUGACCGAGCUGUCGGCCGACCAGUACCUGCCCAUCUUCGCCCACCAUCGAAUCUCACUCAAAAUGCUCAGCGCGAUGGUCCCAGCAGACUUGGCAAAGAUAGGAAUAACUGAAACCGGCCUGCAACUCUCCAUCAUUCGGAGGGCCAAGGAGAUACUGGCAGUUGCGGAAACUAUACCAGAGUUGCUGAAGCCCACAGAAGAAAUGGUGCCUUCUGCCCCAGCAUCCAGGGAAGAGACCCCAAGCGCCGAAGCCCCUUCGGCCCCACCUCCAGAAGAGCAGCACUGCGAAUGUGUCGUCUGCAUGGAGCAACAGGCUCAAGUGAUCUUCCUGAACUGCGGCCACGUCUGCUGCUGCCAGACCUGCUCCGAUGCCCUCAGCACCUGCCCGCUGUGCCGCCAGGACAUUGUGCACCGGAUCCGCAUCUUCCACAGCGGUUAGGCGUGGAUGGGUCUUCCUUCGGCAUUGCAUGCCUCCCAGCGAUGGAAUGGAUGGACGGGGCGUCGGGGUGCUGAGGAUGGAUGGCGCGGUGGGAAGGCAUAUAUAUGCGUGGAAUUUGCACUACCUCCUUGCUCUUCAUAAUCGCCUAAUGCUUGUUGUCGUCGUCCUCCCCGUCGUGUGUUCACUUGGCAUGGCAGCCCCAAGGAUGCUUAACCUAGCCAACAAAGGCUUCCCGUUUCAUAAAGCUCCCGGAGCUGAAUGCGGUGACAAAUAUAUUUGGUACAGGUCCCCAAAGAAUGCAUGGAUGGCCUCCUUUUAGAGGGAGGCGUUCAGUCAUUGCUGACUCUGCUUUGACUGUAGGACACAGAAGGCUAUGUCUCUCUUUUGCUCUGGGAAGGUGCAAUUGCCAGUUACGGGUCGCGGGCUGCUAGCUAUCCAGAUUAUGGCCAUCGUUUUGGUGACAUUGGAUGUUGAUGGGCAUAGUGCAAUACAUCUGAGGGAACCUCCUGCUGAAGUAAAGACGAAGCUAAGGCAUUUUCAGCUCUGGGUUGCUGUGAGUUUUCCAGGCUGUAUGGACAUUUUCUCCUGACGUUUCGUCCACAUCUAUCGCAGGCAUCCUCGGAGGUUAUGAGGUUCGUUGCAAACUAGGCAAGUGGAAUUUAGAAUCAUAGAGUUGGAAGAGACCUCAUGGACCAUCCAGUCCAACCCCCUGCCAUGAAGCAGGAAAAUCAAAUUCAAAGCACCCCCGACAGAUGGCCAUCCAGCCUCUGUUGAAAAGCUUCCAAAGAAGGAGCCUCCACCACUAUGUGUAAAGUCCAGGAUGGGAGAAAUAACUCUUGUCUGUUGGAGGCAAGUGAGAAUGUUGCAAAUCACCUUGAUUAGCAUUGCAAAGCCUUGCAGCUUCAAGGCCUGCCUGCUUCCUGCCUGGGGGAAUCCUUUGUUGGGAGGUGUUAGCUGGCCCUGAUUCAUUAUUGUCUGGAAUUCCCCUGUUUUUUAGUGUUGUUCUUUAUUUACUAUCCUGAUUUUGGAAGGCUGAGAGGAGAUAUGAUAGCCAUGUAUAAAUACAUGAGAGGAAGUCACAGGGAGGAGGGAGCAAGCUUGUUUUCUGCUUCCCUGGAGACUAGGAUGCGGAACAAUGGCUUCAAACUACAAGAAAGGAGAUUCCAUCUGAACAUGAGGAAGAACUUCCUGACUGUGAGAGCCGUUCAAUAGUGGAACUCUCUGCCCCAGAGUGUGGUGGAGGCUCCUUCUUUGGAGGUUUUUAAGCAGAGGCUGGAUGGCCAUCUGUCAAGGGUGCUUUGAAUGCAAUAUUCCUGCUUCUUGGCAGAGGGUUGGACUGGAUGGCCCAUGAGGUCUCUUCCAACUCUAUGAUUCUAUGAUUCUAGUUCUUUAAAACAAACGCUGCCACCAUUUAGUUCUUGAAUACUGCAAGAAUCUGCUUUUAAAACCUUUAAGCACCAAAGCACACUUGAGUCAGAUGUAAUGAAACAUAAACAAUGAAGUUUAUUUACAAGAACAGGAACAAUUCAGGUACAAAGCUUGGCUGUUUCAGAGAUUUGUCUUGAAAGCGUGUGGCUACAUAAAGCAGAAACUCUUCUUUCUCCCUCCACACAAGAAUACCGACAGGAAUGCUUCUCUGACAGUAAUUCUCCACCAGCGCAGAUAGUCCUAACCUGGAUCUAUCUCUCUGUUUCCCAGCUAUCUUCCUAAUAGCUGUAACCUCCUCACUAGCUGUUCCUGAACAUGCCCUCUUCGGGAAAUGAGUGACUAAAAUGGAUUCUCCUGACACCCUUUCCAAGAUGGCUACCGAACUCCUUGGACGAAUUGUUUUCCAAGGUUUCUCUCAGCCUAACUGGUAGGGAAUUCACUACACCUGACAUGGUGGUUGUUCAAGUGGUCCAGCAUUUCUGUGUUCUCACAUAAUAUGCUGUGUCCAGGUUGGUUCAUCAGGUGCUCUGCUAUGGCUGACUUCUCUGGUUGAAUUAGUCUGCAGUGCCUUUCAUGUUCCUUGAUUCAUGCCUGGGCAAUGCUGUGCUUAGUGGUCCCUAUGUAGACUUGUCCACAGCUGCAUGAGAUACAGGAAACUCCUGUAGAGGUGAGAGGAUCCUUCUUGUCCUUUGCUGAAUGGAGCAUCUGUUGGAUUUCCUUGGUGAGUCUGGAGAUAGUUUGUAGGUUAUGUUACUUCAUCAGCUUCCCUCGGCGUUGAAUGGUUCCCUUGAUGUAUGGUAAGAACACUUUUCUUCUGAGUGGAUCUUUGUCUUGACUCUCAUGGCUUGUUCUUGGCCUUGCGGUUCUUCUGAUGUCUAUGGUGUCUCCACUUGCCUGUAGAGCCCUUUGCAAUGCUAAUCAAGGUGAUUUGCCACAUUCCCACUUGGCUCUAGCAGACAAGUGUUCUUUCUCCCAUCCUAGGACUUCAAACCUCACUUACCUAGUUUCCAACAAACCUCACAACCUCUGAGGAUGCCUGGGUGAAACGUCAGGAGGGAACGCUUCUGGAACAUGGCCAGACAGCCCAGAAAACUCACAGCAACCCAAUCCAGAUUAUGGCCAUUGGUUUUUGCCUGUUUUGGUGAUGAUGGAUGUUGACGGACAUAGUGCAAUACAUCUGGAGGAACCUCCCACUGAUGUAAACACGAGGCCAAAGCAUUUCCAGCUCUGUUUACUAGACUAGAAUAGGAGUGUCAAUGAUGGGUGUCAAUGGGCAUAGUGUGAUACAUCUGGGAUAACCUCCCUCUGAUGUAAAGAUGAAGCCAAGGCAUUUCCAGCUCUGUUUACUA